AUGGAUUCAUGCUCGAAAGACUCUGUUAAUUCCGAAGAAGAUGUUGCUAGUAAAGAGGAUAACUCCGUUUCUGUUAUUAUUUCCAACCCUAAAGUUCUCGAUUGUUACAACUGUUUUCAACCCUUAACUGUUCCAGUCUUUCAGUGUGAUAAUGGUCAUACUUUUUGCUCUACCUGUUGUCCUCAACUUGAGAACAAGUGUGUCCAGUGUUCAUCGCGCAUUAGCUCUAAAGGUUGUAAAGCCAUAGAGAAUAUUCUGCAAUCUAUUGAAAUGCCAUGUUCAAAUGAAGAAUAUGGCUGUAGGGAGACAAUAACGUAUAUUGGAAAGAAAAAGCAUGUGGAAAGAUGCAAAUUUGCACCGUGUUACUGUCCCCUUUUAGGUUGUGACUUUGUUGCUGAAUCCAGAGUUUUGUCCAACCAUUUCAGCCACAAACACGAGGGCUCUCUGAUCAAAUUUUCUUAUGGUCACUCCUUCAUUGUAUCCUUGAAGUUCGAUGAAAAAACCAUUGUUCUUCAAGAAGAAAAUUCUGGCAAAUUAUUUAUUCUCCAUAAUAGUGCUAUGCUUUUGGGAAAUUCAGUCAAUAUUAGCUGCAUUGAUCCUAACUUUUUUAAGGCCUAUUAUGGUUAUGAUAUAUUGGCUAGGUCCAAAAAUUGCAGUCUAAAAUUGCAUUCUUCCGCGAAGAAUAUCCAGAAGGUUACUUUAGCAAGUAAUUCAUCAGAGUUCCUCGUGAUUCCAUCUAGUUAUUUUGGUUCUUCUAAAUUUGUCAAGCUAGAAAUUUGCAUAACCUGCAAGAUGCAAAUCUUUCUAAGAAAUCUGCAUGGAAAGACGACCACUCUGAAUGUUGAGAGUUCCGACACCAUAGCCAAUGUGAAGGAGGUGAUUCUUGAUAUGGAUGGGAUCCCGGUGAGCAAGCAACGCCUGUUUUUUCAAGGCAGGCAACUAGAUGACCGCAGCACCAUAGCGGAUUGCAACAUCCAAAAUGAAUCAACCCUCCACCUCUUGCUCCACUUGUGGAGGUUCCGUAUCAUAAAGAAAAUCAUCUAUAAGUAG